AUGGAAUUUGAGAGCAUUUCAGGAAACUUGAAGGACAAGAAUAUCUUAAUCACUGGAGCUACCGGCUUUGUAGGAAAGGUCUUGGUAGAGAAAAUAUUAAGAGUUCAACCAAACGUGAAAAAGCUCUAUCUUCUUUUAAGAGCUUCCGACACCAACUCAGCCGGAAAACGCAUGCAUAAUGAGAUCACAGGGAAAGAGUUGUUUAGGGUUCUGAGGGAGAAAUGGGGUGCAGAUUUUGAUUCCUUCAUAUUAGAAAAAGUUGUUCCUCUGUCUGGAGACGUAAUUUUUGAAGACCUAGGAGUGAAGGUAAUCAAACAAAAGGAAGAGAUAUGCAAUGAAGUACAUAUCAUAAUUAAUUCUGCAGCAACCACCAAGUUUGAUGAAAGGUAUGAUGUUGCAUUGGAAGUGAAUACAUUUGGAGUUUUGAAUAUGUUGGACUUUGCAAAAAAAUGCUUGAAAUUGGAGAUGGUUGUCCACGUGUCAACAGCCUAUGUGUGUGGUGAAAGGGUAGGGCUGAUACUAGAGGACUCCUCUUCAAUGGAAGAGAUGGCGAAAAAACCCAGUAAAUUUUACUUGAAAUCACAGGAAAAAAAAAUAGUGGAGAGCAAAUUGAAAGAACUACAAGCACAGAAUGCUUCGGAAGAAGUUAUAACAAAUGCAAUGAAGGACUUAGGCACUACAAGGUCUAAGUUGUACGGGUGGCCAAAUACCUACGUUCUUACAAAGGUGAUGGGAGAAAUGUAUCUAGGGCAUGCAAAAGGUAAUCUAUCCAUUGCUAUUAUACGUCCAACCAUGAUUACAAGUACAUAUAAGGAGCCAUUUUCAGGCUGGAUCGAAGGUUUCAGGACCUAUGAUAGUCUAAUUGGUGGUUAUUGGAAAGGGAAGCUCACAGGCAUACCUGUCGAUCCUAUGUCAGUAGUGGAUAUGAUUCCAGUUGACAUGGUGGUAAAUUCGAUAAUUACAGCAAUGGUAGUUAAUGCGAAUAAAUCUGGCAAAAUCAUUUACCACGUGGGAACAUCAUUGCGAAAUCCCUUAACAUUUUCUGAUUUUAACAACUUUAUGUUCCAAUAUUGCACCAAAAAUCCGUGGCUUAACAAUGAUGGAAGCCCCGUCAAGGUUAAAAAGUUGAAAAUGUUGAGGAGUAUGGACGCUUUUCACUUGUACAUGCAAAUACCAUUGCAGGCAUUAAAGUUCAUGAACAAGGAAUUUGACCAAUAUUUCCAAGACGUAUACGUUAACUAUAACAGGAAAGUCAAAUCAGUGAAACGGUUGGUUGAUCUCUACAGAGCAUAUUUGCUAUUCAAGGGCAUCUUUUACGACACUAAUACAGAAGAGCUGCGAAGGAUAGCAAGUGAGAACUACACAGAUGCAGAAAAUUUUAAUUUUGAUCCAAAAUGCAUAGAUUGGGAAGACUACUAUAUGCAUACUCAUAUUCCGGGCUUUGCACAGCAUGUUGUCAUCAAACACAGCCGAAGUCGACUCUGA